AUGUCAAAGGUUGAAGGUUGGUCAAAUCUUCCCUACGACGUGCUUUUACACAUUAUUGAUGGUUUGGGACUGAAGGAGUUGCAGAGCCUUCGUGGUGUUUGCAAAGACUGGCGCGAUCUGGUUUCAAAAACUUUAGUGGAAAAAAUUGAAUCUUUUGGAAGUGAUCCUCGGUUUCUUGUCUAUGAUUAUGAUAGGGAAGCUGGUUCCAAGUGUUUCAUGCUAAGGUACGAGUAUUACUUGUUAGGGUCCCUGAUUCGCAUGAACGACAAUGUUAAGAUCAGCCUCACCAUCCCAGAACUUGAUGGGGCAACUUGUCUUGAAUCUUGUGGAGGAGGGCUACUAGUCUUUCGCGGCGGUUCAAUGUUCUUUUUCUGCCCCUUUUCCAUAGCAAAAAUAGAUCUCCCAAGGUGUCCAGCUUUCACAGAACUAGAACUAUCUAGCGGCUAUGUUGCAGCAGCAGCAUUUUCAGCCCCUCCCACUAGUCAGAAUUGCAUUGUUGUUGUGAUUACACACUGGAGUAAUGAUGAAUUACAACUGCAAUUGAUUUCCCGGGGACAUGACACAUGGGCUAAGUACAAGUUUUAUGGUGCAUAA